AUGGGGAGUGUUAGCAGCCUCAUAACAAGCCAGAGCCUGCAGGAGAAACAGUGCAAAGCCUUGGAGUGCAGGAGCAGAAAGGCCUCCCAGCCUCACAAGCUCAUCAGGCAACAGGAUGGCCUGCUGAAAUUUGAGACCAGCCAGGAAGCAACCAGCAGGGGCCCCAAAACCAGCUCCAAGUGCGAGAAAAGCGAGGACUUUUUCUACAUCCGUAUCAGCCAAAGCAACGGACUGAGAACCAUGGGCAAGCUGAAGAACGGCGCUUCUCAGAGAGAUGGGCCUACUGACAGGGACAAUCAGGAGCCCCCACCCACACUGGUCCCGUACUCUGGGCAGCUUGAAAAGACCGUUGAGAAAAGCAUUGCCAGGCCAACAGCGUUUAAGGUGGUGGCACCGAGGAACACCAGCGCCAAUCUCAACUGUCCCUUGGAGAGUCAGGCAAACCGGAACCUUGUCUUUCAGGGAAAUGUGUUGAAGCCAGCUCAGCAUUCACAGAAGCACAAUGGUAGAGAACAGACACAGCCAAACUAUUCAGCAACCUUGUCUGACUCUGGUCGAAAUUCCAUGUCGAGCCUGCCCACUCUCAGUACGGGAUAUAGCUGUGGGACAGACCUGGUUGCUGCUGCAAACCUUCUCAGCAGGUUUGGAGGCUCAGUUCAGCACAUUGGCCAGGCGGCCUGCUCCCUUGACAGCAUCUUGAGGAAUGUAACCAGCAGCACAUCUACCUCUGACAGAGGGCACUGCCCCACCAGCAAAAGCAUGAACUUUAACCACUCCCAACUCCUGUCGCAAUGUGCCUCUUGCAUCCGCACACCCCUUGGUCCUGACCAAUGUGUUCAUCAGGAUCCCGAGGAGAGGCUGGAGGGGAACAAGGCAGAGUUGCAGGGAACCCUGGCUGAGAAGGGACCGGCUCCGCUCAGCAUUUACAAGGAGAAGCAGGAGGAGUGUGAGCAGGGGAUGGAUAGCCUGGCACAGACAGACAGCCGAGCCUCUCAGAGGAAGCACUACCAGCUUCUCCAGCUGCAGGUCAUCCAGCUGCAGCAAGACAAGACAAAGCUUCAGGAUGACUUCACCCAACUUUUACAGGAGCAGUACAAACUCAAUGCCAAAUGCGAAUCUUACAGAAGGGAUCAAGCUGAACUUGCUCCAAAACUAGAAGAAACUAAAUGGGAGGUUUGCCAGAAGUCAGGUGAGAUCUCACUGUUGAAGCAGCAACUGAAAGACUUGCAAGCUGAGCUGACGCAGAAGGCCGGUGAGGUCUUGUCUUUGAAGGCCCAGCUGAGGGACGCCAAAGGGAAGCUAUCGGCCCGGGAGGAGACAGUCGAGGAGUUGCAGAAUUCAUUGCGAGCCAAGGAGAGAGAACUCGGGGUGUGCGAAAACGAGCGGCAGCGCAUGAAGAAUGCAGCUGAGCUGCUGAGGGGGAAGGUUAGCCUACUGGAGCGCCAGAUACUGGAUCUGAAACUGGAGCUGACCAGCUACCAUGAAGCGGACACUGCUGCACAGGCUGAUCCCACAUUCACCCAGACUGACGGGGAGAUGCCCAGACAGCAGGUUGAGCCAGACUCCGCGGCUCUGCAGGGAGAACUGGCAAGCUUGCAAGUCGAACUGGAACAGGAGAAGCUGAAGAACCAAGAGCUUUCAAGUGACUUCCAGCAGGAACGUCUCCUGUGGCGUGUGGAGAAGCAGAGGGUGAUCGAAUAUCAGAAGAAACUUCAGCAGACCUACAUUGACGUGCUGCGCCAGAACAACAGCCUUGAGAGAGCCAUCCGGCAGCUGUCCAUUCAGCUGGAGGCCAGGGAUCCAGUGGGUACUGAAGUACAGAAUCCAAACAUUCAUUAUGAAGAGAUUAUUGCCACUGCAAUCUGA